AACCUAUAACAAACAACGUUUCGGUAUAAUUUUAAGAAGAAUAUAUCACAACAACAAUGUCAUCAUUAUAUUUUGCUAUCCUUUGCCUCUUCAUGAUUUUCCUCGUUCCUUUACAUGAAUUUGGAAACGCACAAGGUUCUGAGGCGGAGCUGCAAUUAGAUCCAUCAAUGUGUCUGCGUGUCGAAUGUGCAAAACACAGAAAUCAAAAAUGGUGUUUUUGCUGUGCCGGACUACCGAGGACCUGUUUUCUUGAUAAACGAGGCUGUACGUCUGUCUGCAAGCGCGAAUCUCCUUCAAUGGCUUAAGAAACUUGAAGAACCCAUAUCUACAAUUUACUAAUUACGUUUAAAUUUCUCUUGAUAUAUGAAUAAAUAUAAGUUUAUGGAAAGGAAACAAUUACGAUUAUGCUUAUCGUAAUUUAACAUAUUUUUUUUUAUUUUUUUUUAUGUUUAUGGUAAUUGUGUUACCAUUGCAAUUUGCAUGUCUACGAAUUCGUCUUGCAUUGGUAAUCCAAUAUUCCAUGUGAUGCUUUUCUUUCU